AAACGGACACACGCAGUGACGAAUUAGCUGCUAACAAAAACGGCCACAAAACAAAGGAAGCGGAUCCCAAGUGAAUAAAACAAGGUCUUUUAAUAGACCAAAAGUGAAUUACUGUCAAGGGAUUUGUAAAGGUGUCCAGUGAUAAUGGUUUCCGUGCAGACGAUAGCCACUAUCGUGGUGAAAACAUUCAAAAUCGUUCUUAAUAUAAUCAUCUUGGUGCUGUAUCGUACCGGAUACAAUGGCGAGUUCCUGGGAGUGGGAGGCACGUGGAACCUUAAUGAGGAGAAGAACCCAGAUGCUGAGAUCGUAGCUUCGGGUGUAAUAGUCGGCUACCUUAUCUACACGCUUGUGCAGAUAAUCACGUUCCUCUUUGGCACGACUGAACAUAAGAGGGCAUUGUCUGAAAUCAUGAUGAACUUCAUCGGCGUGUUCAUGUGGAUAGCCGUCGGAGCAGUAGCCUUACAUUACUGGGGUGGAUACCAGGGCGAGCAUCAGUUCCAAUUCGUCUUUGCUGAGAGACAGGUUGGUUUGGCAGUCGGCGCCAUGUGUGUUAUUCAGGGAGCUGUUUACCUUCUCGACACAGCACUUUCAGUUAUACAUUACACAAAAGAAAUUUAAACCGAAUAAACAUUAAAACUGGAGAGCCUUUAUUCUAGUUUUGUGACGAUAUCGCCCGAGCUGAAGGAAUUUCUGUGCGAGGUCGACGUUUGUUUGGACAAAAUUGCGCCUCUAACGGAUAACAGCCAACGCUCUAGUUUUGUGACGAUAUCGUCGGAGCUUCAACUAAAGGAUUUUUUGUGUGACGCCGAAGUUGGUACUGACAAAAUUGCGCCGCUAAAGGAAAACGUGUCGGAAUACGGAGGCGGAGCGCGGGUAGUUUGGGCCAUGUCAGCUGGAGAUAGGGAGUCUGAGGCGCAAGCCAAGAAGGGGGAAGAUGGACAGACCACUGAAGGUGGGAGCCGGGCUGCGACAGCAUUGAAGGAGCACUGGUGUGUCUGUUUGAGGAUUGUUGAAUUUAUUCUCGCGGUGAUUGCCAUCGGUCUGCUGGUGGGUACGCAAUAUGCCCCACAAGUCUUACAUUCUAACAUUCGCCACAUCUCCUUGGUCUACUCAGCUUAUUCGAGUUUUAUUAUCAUCACUGGCGUGCUAAUCAUUGCGCGGUUGCUGGGCGAAUCGGCAGCAUGGAGGACUUCGCUUGCCUUUUCUACCGUCGGCGCCAUCUUGUUUAUAGCUUCCGCUGGGAUUAUUUUCUAUGAUUGGCACAGGUCUUACUACGCAAACGUCCGCCCAAACAAAGGGGCUUACGACCUCAUCUUGUCUUCAGGCGUCUUCGCCGUCAUUGAUGCUGCAGUUUUCCUUAUUCAUGCCUUUUUCACUUUCAGGAAAGAAGCUGAUUAUUAAAUAUUAAAAACAAUAAUUCUUGAGUACACAAAACAUGAUCGAUAAUAAUUAACCGUACCAAUUAACUAAAUUCAAAAUUGGCAGCCCAAAAUAUUUUGCCGCUUUCCCAGAAAAGAACGUUCGUAUAUUUUAUUAGAUGACAUUACUUUUUCAAGUAAAAUAUUAGUUCAGUGUACCAAAGAAUUUAUAAAACGAUACAAUUUUAUAUUUUUUUAUUUGAAUUAAUUGCAUUAUUUAUCAUUUUUAUUUACUCCCAAAGUAUUAGUUUAGGUUUACUAGGUGUAAUUAUAUGUAAUAAUCGGAUACUUUGUAUAUAUAAUUUUAUUUAAGUUGUCCUGGAGUGUAGCUUGGAUUAUUUUAAUUUUAU